UGAACUAAUAUUAUGUGGUUUCCCUUACGUUUAUGGCAAUUUUGGUCCUCGCAGGAAAACCACUGAAAAUAUCGUUACGUGCAUGCAUAACUCCUUUAGAACUGAAUUUUUGCCAAGUUUGUAAACUGACAUCCUGUAAUCACUUGGUGAUUAUCUUUUUUCUUUAAGCUUCCUAUAAACACUAAAUCCCCCACGUUGAUUGAGCAUACCCCUUAUAAAGGUAUAUCAAGUCUAUCAAGUUCUGUUUGCGUGCGCGUACUCAUUCCACGAAAGACCGACCCACGAUUAGUUUCGCCGGGAGGUCUGUAGUUAUUUGGUCUGCUUUGAGACGAUAUCACUGACGCGUGCGGAGUAAAGUCACCAUCCACUGAGGACAUGGCUACGAUUGCGAGGCAAGAUCUGAAAUACGGCUGGUUUUCAUUUAAGCCAGGAUGGCUCCAGAUUGCUAAUAACUCUAAAUGUUUCCUCUUCGUGGUCACCGUACUUACAACUGUGCAAAGCAUGACGGUGAAUGGAAUAACAGGUAUAAAUCUACCUGCGUUAGAGAAGCGGUUUCAGCUCAGUAGCCAAGAUCUUGGAAUCAUUGCUGCUUCCAACGACAUAUCUGCCAUUGUACUUGUCUGCUUUGUCAGUUUUUACGGUGAAUUUGGAAACAAGAUCAGAUGGCUGGGUUAUGGAACACUUGUUACAGGUUUGAUUGAGGCGAUCCAGAUCGUCAAAGCCACCUGCAGACGACUGGUCAAAGCGUGGAUAAAUGAUUGCCACAGAAGACUCAAACGCCACAGAAACAAACUACGACAACUACACGACCAACUGAAACAACUGAUACCAACUGACCUACUUGACACCGUUACGACAAUUGCCGACAAACGAGCCAACAAGACGACUGAACGCGCCCGCACUGGACAUCAACAAAAAUUGACACGACUGCUACGAGACAAAGAAGAGAGACGAAGCAAACCGGACGACAACUGGCCUGAAGGAGCCAAUUUAACCUCAAGGCAGCCACAGUGGAUUGGGGCCUGGUGGCUAGCAUACACUAUAACUGGUUUGGUGAUGUUUGUCUGCGCUAUUGUAAUCUUUGGAUUUCCUCGUGAGUUACCAGGAUCAAGAGAGAGGCGCGAUAAAGCCAUAGAAGAAGGAAACUUGCCAAAAAGCGAUGAACGGUUACGAGGCAGUUUAAAAGAUAUUGUGCCAGCGACCAUCAAGCUCUUGAAGAAUCCAACGUACAUGUUUAACGCUAUGGGCACAACUGCUGGAUCGUUUUUCGGGGCUGGAUUGGGAGCCUUCAUCAGCAAGUUCGCUGAGUUGAAAUUUAAUACAAACCCGGGCUUGGCUGGUGUUACUCUUGGAGCCGUGUUCCUCGUAGGCGCCACAGGUGGUAUUUUUUUGAGCGGAGUCAUCGUUAGGCGGUUUAAUUUGAAGAAGUCGUGCCGACUGUCUGCGAUGUGCUGCUGGUGUUUUCAACUUUUCACCGUAUGGACAGCUGUAACUUUUAUCAUUCCGGGAUGCAAUCAGAUCGAAUUGGCGGGUAUCACCAAGCCUUAUUACAAAAGCCAGUCACAACUCGGAAGUUUAACAGCCCAAUGCAAUGCAAACUGCAGCUGCUCGAUCGCAAGUAUUGAUCCCGUCUGUGGAGAAGAUAACUUGAGUUAUUUUUCGCCUUGCCAUGCUGGAUGUUCAAAGGUGGAAGGAUCCAAGGCAUACCAGUGUAGUUGUAUUCUUUCUGUUGGGAAUGGAACCGAAGCAUCGGCCGCGAAACGCUAUUGCGACAGAGGACCAGGCUGCAAAAAUUUCUUGUAUUUCCUCUUAGUUUCUUGUUUGCUAAUCGUAGCCGUUUUCCUGACGGCGAUACCAGGCAAAACCGUAGCUCUACGUUGUGUACCAGAUAAUCAAAGAUCCUACUCGCUUGGUUUCCAGUUUAUUUUCCAGCGCUCUCUUGGCUUUUUACCUGGACCGGUUGUGACUGGUUGGAUAUUUGACUAUCUUUGUCUCCUCUGGGGAGAAAGUUGCGGAAGACGAGGUCGAUGUCAAAUAUACGACAUUAAAAAGUUGUCGCUAGCAAUAACUGUUUUGGGAUGUAUUAUGAAAGGUCUAGCCAUGUUAUUCUUUUUCCUGAGCUUUUGGUUUUGCAAAUCAAGCUAUGAUGAAGAUGAUGUAAAGGAAGAUCAAACAAAGGACGAAAAUGAAUCAAUGAGGGAGUCUUUAAAUUUGUCCAAAAAAUUAUUAACUGAUUAAUUAAGCAACCAAUGCCACAGUUAGACUGGCUAUAGAAAGCCUCUGUAGUCUUACAGGGGGAGUCUCAGUGGGGUUAAUCGCUAGCCGUUAAAAAUACCGAAAAUUUAGCUGUUAGUCGUUAAAAAAAUUAACCGUCAAAAUUUGUUUAGGUGACUACAUGGAAAGAUGUUAACCGUUGGCCGUAAAUUGGCAAAAGUUGUAACCGUUAGCCAUUAAAAGCCAUCACCCCAUUGAGACCCUCAACUGGUUGUGGUAACAGUUUAAGUAUUGUUGUGGUAUGGUUCUCCGUCACAAUUUUCCAAUAAGUUAUUGCCAUAUAUUCUAAUUGUGUAGUCUCUAAUGUGUAUUGCUAUAACUGUAUGAAAUUAACCAGGAACCCGU